AUGAGCGGAACGACUGAAAAGGCUCGUGAGGAGGGUGCCGUCGAUGUGCCGAAAGCUCGAGGACGUACCGCUGGGGUCCUGGGGAGGCUCAAGAAGGACCGGCCUCUGCCUGGAAAGAACGAGCUGUAUCUUAUGAUCUUUGCGAUCUUCAUGGUCAUGUUCAUCGUGGGAUGGAACGACGCUAGCCAGGGUCCCCUGCUUCCUCUUCUCCAAGAGUACUACCAGGUCGACUACGUCAUCAUCUCGCUCAUCUGGAUCGCUAUAGCCGUCGGAGUCGUCGCGGCUGCUGUCUCCAACGUGUACCUUGCGGACAUCCUUGGCUUCGGUCUUUUGACUCCGCUUGGAGCGUUCGUACAGUCUAUCGGCUAUGUCCUCAUGUGCUGGGGCGGGCCUUACCCCAUAUUUGUCAUCGCAUACAUCUUCGCGGGACUCGGUAUGGGAUGGCAGGAUGCUCAAGUCAACUCGCUGGCCGCUCGCAUGCCGCACGCUACGACCGUCAUGUUCAUGUCUCACGCCGUGUACGGUCUCGGCGCCACCGUGUCGCCCUUCGUCGCUACUGCCUUUGUCCAACGGGUGACCAGCCGCUUCUACCUCUACUUCACAAUCUCCCUCGCCCUGGCGCUUGGGACGGUCGUCGUCCUGCUCUUGACUUUCAAAGGGAGAUCAGAGGAUCAGAUCGUCGGUCAGCGCAGUGAGGCGAGGGCGAACGAGGAGAAGCCCAAGGAUGUGACGAUGGUCCCGACGGAGUCUGGGGAGGUGGCGGACCUAGAAGUACGAGGGAGUUCCCAGAAGCUAAAAGCGAUCUUGUCUACUCCGAGGGCCUACUUCCUGGCCAUCUACAUUUUCCUUUAUAUGGGAGUGGAAGUCACCAUCGGCGGCUGGGCCACGACCUUCCUUAUCGAAGAACGAGGCGGCAACUCGUCCUCAGGCUACGUGUCGUCCGGCUUCUUUGGCGGUCUGACGGUCGGUCGGAUCGUCCUCAUUCCGGUCACCAACUGGCUGGGUCACCGCAAGUCGGUAUACAUCUAUACUGUCAUCGCUAUCGGUCUCGAAUUCGUCGUCUGGUUCGUCCCCUCCCUCAUUGGCUCGGCGCUCUGCUUCUCCCUCGUCGGCGUUGCCAUCGGGCCCAUGUACCCCUCAUGCGUCAUGAUUAUCACCGAGGUCAUGCCCCAUGAUCUCCAUACCGGCACUAUCGGCUUCAUUGCGUGUCUCGGGGUCGUCGGGAGUGCGAUCAUGCCAUUCAUCACCGGUGCUAUAGCAGACAGGCACGGUGUCUGGGUCUUGCAGCCUCUCAUGGUCGCGCUUCUUGCUGCUUCCAUGGGGAUGUGGUUCUUCGUUGCAAGGGCCUCUACCUACAAGCAGUAG